AUGAAAACCACAAAGCUCUUCCUCGUGCCAAAGAAAACCAGAUCACACAAGGCUGGUCUGCAGUUCCCUGUGGGUUGUGUCUCCAGGCUCCUUAAAAGAGGGAGCUACUCUGACAGGAUCAGUCCUGGUGCUGCCAUCUACCUGGCUGCGGUGCUGGAAUACCUGAGCGUGGAGAUCCUGGAGCUGGCAGGGAGCGCUGCACAGGCAAGCAAGAAAGCCAGGAUCCUGCCCAGGCACACCCAGCUGGCCGUGAGAAAUGAUGAUGAGCUGAACAAGCUUUUCUCCCGUGUGACCAUUGCUCAAGGCUGGGUAUUAUCUAAUGUUCUUCCCAAGCUUCUUCCUAAGAAGACCAUGUCACUUAAACUGCCCAGCAAAUAUGUCCAGUCACAGGAGUUCUAG